ACUUAAUUUGUUAAAUUUAUACAUCACUAAUGAGAAUUUAUCAGUCAAUCCAAUUGUGAAUUAUAAUUUUAGUCACGGACUUUCUUUUUCCUCUAUUCGGAUGGCUGAUUAAUUUUUAUUCCUCGUUGGAGAACUUGUGACCCCUUUCGGCAAUGUACAAUAAUCUAAAUUUUCCUCAGUAAAAAAAGCAAUAAAAAUUUGUUAUGUUGCUGUGGGAAAAACAACACUAGUGCGAAUAAUAAAGGUGGAGUAUUUUGAUGCAUCAAGAGAGGCUGGUGGAGCAAAGUGUAAACUUGUGUGCGCUGCUACUUGAAGCAAUAAUAAAAUAUACCCAUAAUUUUUACGCACAAAUAUCAGUAAUGGCACUGUAAAUAGACGCCAAAAUAAGGUAUAUUGGCCUUUUUGGGCACUGGCCACAUCAGCGUUGAGAUUCACAAAUACUUUUCAAGUGUAUAUAACGUUAUACUUUUAAAAAUCGUAAAAGAGCAAAUUUGGAAAUACAAUUGUCACUAAAGUAUUGAUAAGAAAUCCUUUCUGAGGCUACGUUGAUAUCUUAAGCCAAUAACGACAAGCAGAACAACUGCGUUUCAUUAUCUUUAAGUUAUACAUAGAAACUAAAUGAGCUGGCUACGAACUAGCCCGCUGCGGCAGAGUUUAACACGCAGCAGCGGAAACAGCGCAUCGUUUCUUGCAAUAACAAAUGGAAGUAAUGGUGCGAGUGGCAGCGGUACAUCAGCAGCCUUCAAACAACGACCAAUCGAUGCAGCAACGGACUGUGAUCCACGAGCUUGUUAUGACAGCUUUUGUAAACAUUGGCAACAGGCCUAUGAGAUCAUACAACGUUCACAACCACCAGACCGACCACCGUCACAUGAUGAUGUGCUGGGUGUUGUGUCGCAUCUAGACUUUAUGGUUACACUACUUUUAGUGGAACUACAUCAUUGUAACAAAGUAGCGCUACCAAGCACAGAUGCCGCGCCGCCGCCAGCGCCAUGUCUGGAAUACUUACUCAGUGAAAACCUGCUGGAUAAAUUAUAUGAAUGGGGCUGCACAACAGGGCGUUACGCCAAUGCCGUACGUUUAGAACAAUUAAAACUGUACGAAUUACUAGUUAGCCACUCGCGACAUCAACUACUUUGUCACGAGCCCUUUUUAAGACCGCUUUUGAAGAUACUUGCAUCAAGCCAAGGAGAGAUCUUUCCACCAGAUUUGGAAAAGCGUUUAGUUAUACUGCUCAAUCAACUGUGCGUCGUGUUAAUGCAGAAUGUGCAUUUGCUUGAUCUGUUUUUCUUCUCGUCGGCACGGGAGCAGCACAGUGGCACCAACUUUAUAAUAUUCUCGCUACUCAUACCUUACGUUCAUCGUGAGGGUAGCAUUGGACAUCAAGCAAGAGAUGCCCUAUUACUAUGUAUGUCACUGUCACAAAAGAAUUCAAAUGUUGGUACCUAUAUUGCACAGUAUUCAUCAAUGUGCCCUCUUCUGGUGACUGGCCUGGGUGGUUUGUAUUCGCGUCUGCCUAACUCCAUCGAGAUUACAUCAAUUGAUUGGCAUCGUAUAACGCCUGAUGACGUUACGGAAAUACCAGAAUUGACGUUAUUUAUGAAUGCACUGGAGUUCUGCAAUGCUGUGGUGCAGGUGGCGCACGAAAUGAUUAAAAGUCAAUUGUUAGACUUUUUAUAUCAGGGCUUUAUUGUGCCGGUAUUGGGUCCGGCAAUAUUACAGACAUUGAAAGGCAAACAUUUCCAGACAAACGUUGAAUCACAAAUAUCGGCAAUGUCCUAUUUGGAUUUAAUAUUGAGGUCAGUAACUGAGCCCGGUUUGGUGCGAGCCUUUGUAAAAUUUCUAUUGGACACCGAAAAAUUCGAUGGCGAGCGUAUAUUGGACACAUUAAUCGAUCGUUUAGCCUCCACAGAUGCGAAUUUGUGUAUGGUAACAAUGGCGCUGUUCGACACAUUGAUCUCUUUACACUGUGAAGACCUUAUGUUGGAACUUCUACUAAAGUACAUAUUGCCGGGCAAGCAUGUGCCUAUUUCGCAUCGGCACAAGAUAAACAAAAUCGAUCCAUAUAUAAAUGCCGUCGAAUUCUUUCUCGAUCUUACCCCCGAAGUAAUGAAACGCGCAAGAGAAUUAACGAAGCACAAAUCUAUUGGUGAUACUGUAUCCACAUUACCGCCACACACAAACCUGCCUUCACCCACAUCGACAAUGAGUAAAACAAUUGGUGCCAAUUGGAACUACUACGGUUUGCACACAGGCACCAGUCUAUAUGCCAACUUCCAUGCGUACCUAUUUGAAGCGCACUGCCGAAUCACACAAUGUAAGACAGCCUGUUCAAAAUGGGCGAAUACGUACAAAUAUCAAAAGUGGCCACCGAAGAAUCUACGCGCUCAACAAGCGCAUACACUGGAGAUGGUGAAACAGUUUUUCAACGAAUUCAGUUUAGGUACAUUGACGGAAAAUUUGCAAGCGUACGAAAGUGCAAAUGCCACAAUGAGCACAAGAAAUGUAAUGGAAAAAACACAACCCGAUAGCUUACAGUCGAUUGGUGAGUCCAGUGGGUAUGAGUCUUUCAAGUGGCGGCCGGUCGAUGAAGAUGGCGGUGAGUGUAAUGACUCUGCGGCAAAUUCCACAAUGCAAACUGUCAGCUCUACUGCAGGCGAUGGUGAGUUGGAUGCGAGUGGGAGUAGUAGCGGAAAUGGCAAUAGUUUGGGUGCAACGCAAAAGCAUAAUAGAAGGGAAAUUUGGCGUGUAUCAAGUAAAAAUAGUGAAUUGCUGUUAACAGACUUGGAUUUUUCUGAGGAUCUGUUCGCGCAAGGGACAGUUAGCUUAGGUCCCUUCAUGAGCGCAAUUUGGGGUAAACUGCAAACGUUCACCAGCAAUACAUUAUACGUAAAUUUGCAUCUUACCGGUUUGAUAACGCGUCUCUCCUGCUACCCACUACCACUUGUGCACUCAAUUCUACUGCGUCCAGAUAUAGUGAUCACCUCGGAUACCCCAUCAUUUCAUCAAAUGCUACGCAUACUUAAACAACAAAUCGAUGCGGAAUUACCCAUGUGUGAAGAUUCACUAGAAAUUGUCGAUGUCGCACGCUCUUAUCUCAUUGAUCGUGAGUUUCGUUUAAUAAACGCACGUAAGGUGGGUGACAAUUCGCCUGUACAUGUAGCGAAAAGUACGCUGCCAGUACAGCAUCAGCAGCAGCAACGACUCGGCCAACAAACGGCAUUCGCAAACAUAUCGUCCGCUUCGCCUGUGCAGGUGACGCCAUCUUCAUCGUAUGAUCCCUUCAAGCGUAAUGAUAAUAAACGCAAAAGUAUCAGCAAAUCUAUAACGAGUAUGUUUAGUCGCAAAAACAGCGCUUCAUCUGGCUUAUCACAAAUUUACGCAUUCUUCACCGGUGGCUCCACGUCAUCACCGUUCUCUUCUGGCAGUGGCAUCGGAGCAACAACGCAACAACAAAGCACGCGUGAAACAAGUUUAACAAAUAUGCCCGCCAAUACAGCAUCCGCUGAACAAUCUAGUGCAGCCGCAACAACGCACAGUAGCCCAGCUCCGCCGUCCAGUUCAUACGCUUCAAGCGGCACGCACAAUACCACAUACGCCCAGCACACCAAUACUAGUGGUACAAAUACACAGCUUGUAGCGAAUAGUAGUGGCACCACAUUGGGUGGCUCCGGUUCCGAACCUGUCUCAUUGGACUCACUCUCAUCCAUGGGUGCUUUGGCUAAUAGUAGCGGCACAGAACGCACCAGAGAUUUGGCGCUAUGUGCUGUACUACUCGACGAAUGGCUAAAGGAAUUAGCUGCGAUUGCCCAAGAGCAAAGUGUAGUUUUGAUUGGUGAAAAUAUUUGAUGGUUGUGUAAACGGCGUCGCGAUCGAAGUGGGGUAUGUUGUUGACUGGAAGUAUUUGUCCCUUCUAAAUUUAUAUUUACAAAAAUAUAUGAAUGUAAAUACGUAUAUACACACAUACAAUAUUAUAAGUAAUCAAACGAUUGUACGGUACGUAUGUAUAAUAAUAAAACUGUAUCCUUAAGAAAAAAAAUGCUGUAAAUGGUUGAAAAGAGAACAAAUGCCAAUUAACAAAUUAUGAUAUAUUACAAAAGAAAAUUAUACUAAAUUAGUCGAAAAGCAAUUUCCAGUUACAUUGUACCUUAAUUGUAUAAUUUAUUAUUAUCUGUAUCCCUAUUUUAUAUAUAAAAAUACAUAUUAAAAAUGAUAAAAGGUAAUUGUAAGUUUUAGCCACACAAACAAUUUUUACACAAAAAGUUAAUGAUGCUUUCAAAAAGAAUUGCUGAGAUUCUCCGCUUGCGUAGAUGCAAAGUAUUUUAUUUUUAUAUUCCACUAUUUUAAUACAUAUUUGUUAUAAUUUCGAUUGAAUAUAUUUAAAGUGCUUCUAUUGCAUAGCACCUCGAUGUCAAGAAGAUCAAAGAAAUAGUAUUUUUUAUUUAUUAUUUUGUAUUUUUAUAUAGAAUAAUAAAUUUAGGCCCAAAAGAAAAUUUAUGAUGACAAAAGCGAACAAAGCAGAAAGUGCCUCAUGACUCCUCCGUGUGUACUUUUUCUACUCAUGCUAAAAAACAUUAAAAAAACAAUAAUAAAUAUGCUUAUAAACAAUGCUGAAGAUGAAAAGUGUUUUCAACAUAAAAAUAAUGUGGUAUUUUUUGAAAUCAAUGCUUAUACAAAGGAAAUAAAAAAAUAAUAAGACAUUUAUAUGUAAUAUAAAGAAAUAUUUAUGUGUAUUAGAAAUGCACUUUAUUGUAAAUCCAUACGAAAUAUGUAGUAUCAACCUUACAAUCCCAGAAUUAAGCCAGAUCUAUGUAAUACAGUUAAUCAUGAUUUUACAGAUUGUAUAUAUAUAUAUUAUUACGUGAAAGCUAGAUAUUCUCGAUUAUUUUGAAUAUGCAUGUAAAAAAUGUUUAAAAAAUUAAUAAGAUUACACCAAUUUACUAAUAAAAUUCGAAAUAAGCAAAUAGUAUGAACCCUGAUCCAA